CUAAGGACGGCAGCUUAUGGUCACUCAGGGGAAAGGCUGGGAAUAUAAGCUGACCGGGGGAGUUUAGUAUACUGUGUUGAAGAGAAGUUAUUUAAGAAAUAUCCAUUCAAGAAAGACUACAUUGUAACUUAAGAUCCGGAAUGUUUACUGAUUGAAACCAUACGCUUAUGUACCAAAAAUAAACUUGAAUUUUGUUAUUGUUCAUAAAGAUAAGUCUCCUUGCCUCUCUGUAAGCCUGUUACCUCACGUUGGUGGCAGUUACCGUACCUAUCUAUAUAAGUUACCGUACUUUCCUAUAUAAGUUACCAUCUUUACUCAUUUAAACCCAUCAGUUCUGUUAUCCUUCCUUAUCCACUAAAUCAUCCCUGUCACCUCAGUCCUCCUCAAUUGGUGCCAAGCGGCGGGAUACGUUUAACAUCUCAAACUAAGUGCCUUGAGACCGCAUAGUAAGAAAUCGUGAGGUAAAAUCUAAGAAAAAUGGCUACUAGACUACAGAAGAAGUUAGCAGGAGAGGCUAGUGAAUUCCAAGGAGAUAGUUCGGACUCUGAGCAAACCCCUGAGACAAGGGAAACCCUUAAAUAUAAAAUUGAAUUGAGAAAAUUAGAAUUGGAGGAUAAGCAAAGAGAGAGAGAAAUGGAGGAAAAACGAUGAGAAAGAGAAAGAAAAUUUCAGGCAGAGUUGAAGAAGAUGGAGAUAGAAUGGGAAAGACAGAGACUGACACUCUCUCAGCCUUCUGUGGUAACACAACCAGGAACUCCUAGUGAUUUAGCCUUAAAGAGGUUUCCUAAAUACACUAAGGAGGAUGUGGAGAUGCAGCGGACUGAGCUCGCACCACUUUUGAAAAUGCCAUUGUGCCCAGGGGAUUCUUGGUGCCUGAUUGAUUAUAAGUGGUUCAAAAAGUGGCAGAGAUAUGUGGGUUUUGAAAGUUGGGACCUGUAUUAUGCAGGAAAACCUGAUUACUACCCAGGACCCAUUGACAACACAAAACUUUUUGCAGAUUCAGAAACCCAGACUUUAAAGAGAUAUUGCAUUGAAGGAGUGGACUAUGAGGUGAUUCCUAUUGAAGCCUGGAAUAAGUUAGUCAAUUGGUAUGGCUGUACAGAGGGACAGAGACCAAUUGAGAGGAAAGUUGUGGAAUAUGGCGAAUAUUUCAAAUAUUGUAGAGUGGAAGUUUAUCCUUCAGAGUUGAAGCUAUGUCAGAACGACAACUCCACGGAUCUUGUAAGCUCACAACUUAAACAAGCAGAAGAUUAUGCUAAAGAUGGAGGAAUUGUGAACCUCCAAGGGAAGUUAUCUGAGUCACAGCUUGAGAUUCAUUACGUGGCUGAGGUAAAUGAGUCACCAGUAGCUGAAAUCCCUGUUCAAUGCCAUAGUGACACAGGAGUGGAGCAAGCUGAGGUGAUGGAGAAUUUGGAAGUACCAGUCACUGAUGAAAAUGAUUUAGUUGAGCACUGUGGAAAAGUGAAUGUUGUUAUAAAAAAGAGUAAUGGUUUAAAAAGUGACUGUGCCAUAACAAAAGAUUUGCCAGAGAAAGAUGGUGACUCGAAGUUGCUUGGUGCUAACAGAAAAAACAAUGUGGUUCCCAGUGAAGAUGGGAAGGAGGAAGAAGUUCUGAGGGAAUUUUGGGAAAAGACUGAUUCUAUCUAUUCAAUAGUUACCGCUUUGGUCACCACAAGUAUAGAGCAUGGUCAGCAGGUGUGGCCAGAGGAAAAUUUACCUCAGGAAAACACCAAAUUUAAUCCGGUUAAGUUGCUGUGUGCAGGAGAGCCUAAAGGACCGGUGGAAACCUGGAAGGAGGACAGAGCAGUGACCGGUACCUCAAAGAACACCAUUGUGAGAGGAAAGAAGAUGGACAUUUUGAGCCUGUGGGUCAUCGCCAAUCGCAGCGAAUCAAGAAGCAAGCGGAGAGUGUUUUUCAACGGAGAGAGUUCUGAGGACUUCAAUGCGGCAGAGAUUGGCAGUUUCAACUAUCAUCAGUUUACUUUCAAGAUUCUACAAAAAUGUUUGGACAAUGUUUCGCAGAACUUCUUAAAUGACUCUUGGAAGUUUCGCAAAAGACUUUUUGGGACAGAGGGAAUUCAUUGUGUUGCUGGGAAGGAUGAGUGUGGUUGUCCCCAACAACAUGUUAACCUCUGGAAUGCUCCACAGAGUGAAACAUCGAUGAACUGUGCCAGGUGGCAUGAAGAAGAUCCCUAUGAAAUGUACUGAGUAUCGGAAGAUGUUUAGUCCAGUGUAUAAAUAAAGACUUGGGGGAUAACCCAGAAUAAGAAUUAAACUGUUAGAAAUAUGAUUUAUGGAAAAUGUAUUUUUAAAAUGUCUUUUAAUUUAGGUUUGUGUAUCUUAACACUGGGAGAUGACCAAUGGAUUUAAGGUAUAUGUUGAAUAGUAACAAUCUCAUAACUGAAUGGUGAGAUAUGAAUAUGCUAUGCGUAUAUGCAACAGUGAAGGUUUGUAUUUUAUGAUUUAUGUAUUGUAUCUAACUUUGUGUUUUAUUUCAGGAAUACUGUUAUAUAUGUAUAUAUGUAUGUACUAAUUAUUUUUGCCAUUCUAGGCAUAGAAAAUGCAAAAAUAAUCUUUCUAAGGGGGGAGGUGUAGAGAAGUUAUGUGUUAAACAGAGAUUAUUGAUAUGAUUUUAUUUGUUUGUUUGUUAAGGGAAAAGGGUUAUAUAUUAGCAAGGAAAAGCCUAACAUGGAAACUAGCUGGAAGCAGCAUUUGGUAGGUUGCCAUGGUAACACAGCUUCCCUUGGGAGAAAAGGGGCGUGGCUAAGAUGACAGUUGGAGCAUAUUCCCUUUUAAAAGUUCAGUCGCUGUGAGGGUUUAAAAAGGAGUGGCUGUUAGGGGUUUGAGAAGAAGAGUUGCGGUUAGGUUUUGGAAAGAUUAGGAGCUGUGGAAAUCAGCUAAGGACGGCAGCUUAUGGUCACUCAGGGGAAAGGCUGGGAAUAUAAGCUGACCGGGGGAGUUUAGUAUACUGUGUUGAAGAGAAGUUAUUUAAGAAAUAUCCAUUCAAGAAAGACUACAUUGUAACUUAAGAUCCGGAAUGUUUACUGAUUGAAACCAUACGCUUAUGUACCAAAAAUAAACUUGAAUUUUGUUAUUGUUCAUAAAGAUAAGUCUCCUUGCCUCUCUGUAAGCCUGUUACCUCACGUUGGUGGCAGUUACCGUACCUAUCUAUAUAAGUUACCGUACUUUCCUAUAUAAGUUACCAUCUUUACUCAUUUAAACCCAUCAGUUCUGUUAUCCUUCCUUAUCCACUAAAUCAUCCCUGUCA